UGGCGGAGUAGUACAGUAUAGGUGGUCUGAGUCCUUGCGUCCUAGGUCAUCAACGUCCUUUUCCUGUUCUUUCUCAGCCUCCUCCUGUUCAUCAUGAUCACUCGCAUCAGUUCCUCUCUCGACUUUGUUCUUGGACGAGAUGCAUGGGCAAAUGUUCCGCAGUAUAUCUCUGUUUGUUGAACUAGGCUCGCCUAGACUAAAGACGCUCUCGAUGAAUCGCCCGAUGAAUCGCCCGAUGAGUUGCUGACUCAACCGCUUGGUGCCAGAUGGAAGCUGUUACGGCAGUCUGGAGACGUCUUUCGAUUUCGGGCACCAAUUUCGACUUCCUCAGAGUUCGAUUCAGAUUGGCUGAAACGGUUCCGACAUCAAGGAUGAUCGUGGGAUGUUCCCAGCCCAUAGCUCAAACUAAAUCGCCCUUUCCUGUCGAGUCGGUCACCGGUUUUGGCGUUUUCUCCUUCUCUUUCUUCUUCACCACCUCCUUGAGAGCAUCCGCGCCGGGACCCAAAGGUUUCUCGGGCACCUUCGUCCAUGCCUUCCAUAUGUACUGUUUCAUUACUUCAGGCGGUUCAUGUUGCUUGAGUCCAGUGCGCUGUUUGAUAGAAUACCUCGGUUGGUAUCGCGGGGUCCUAGUGCGAGGCAAAGCCGGAUGUGCCUCAAUAGGACUGUCUGCCUCAUAUAUAAAGGGGCGAUCAAUUGUACGGUAUCGGUUGAAGUUCUGGCAAGUUCUAUGCUGUUGGACUUUUACACCGCUAGACUCGCUAUUGCAGGUUCAUAAGGACUACAACAAGAUAGAGUAGACAGAGUUGAUCGCAGCAUGAACACAUGCAAUCAAAUGAUGACUUCGAGGAAUGAAAAUAUUCAUAUUUACUUUCUCUCCUUGACGCACUUGUCGUUGCUUCUCCUGUAUUUAGGAGUGCCGCUGAGAAAGGCCAUCAAAUUUCCUCCGAACACCAUUAU